AUGUCGGGCGUCACGGCGUCCCGUGUCAUGGUGGGGUCGCCGGCGGCGGCGCUGCUCGCGUUCGCGCUGCAUUGCUGCGUCAGGGAGGCGGCAAGCACUGGGUUGAUGUCGGAACCCGACGAGUUGAGGCGGUCGGAGAAGGAGGCGCAGUGUAACCUGCCGAUGGAGUGCGCGCCGGAGAGCACGACGAGGUCGCCGACGCCGAGCCCCUUAGCGGCGAAGAAGCUGGCGGUGAGGCCGGAUAGAUUGGAGGUCGGCGGCAGGAGGAAGUCGUUAGAUUGGAGGUCGGCGGCGGGAGGAAGUCUUGGCCUCGUUCGCUCCUCUGAUCCUCUCGCACGCGGCAUUCGCUAUCGACGCGCGGCGCCGUCGUCUCUAUCGCCGGUGCGGCGUCCUGGACUCGGGACUUGGGAGGAGGGGGGGGGGGGGGGUAGGCGGGAGGAGCAAGGUACAGGAGCUCCACACCUCGCCCUACCGAGCCCUCCGCUGCCGCCGCGCCCAUUCCUCCUCCACCUCAAGUCGCUCCCGUCCCCCGUCGCCGCUGCGGCCGCGCUCCUCUCCGCGCCGACGCGCCUCCACGACCACCCCUUCGCCGCCUGCGUGCUCUACCGCCUCGCCCGCGCGCGCCUCUUCCCGCUCGUGCCCCCGCUCCUCGCCACGCUGCACUCCCGCGGCGCGCCGCUCCGUCCCUCCGUGCUCGCCGCCGCCUCCCGCCCCGACGCCGCGGUCCUCGUCUUCCGCGCCGUCCCGGCCUUCUGCUCCCACUCCGCCGCCACAUUCCAUUCGCUCCUCAACGCCCUUGUCUCCAAUGGCCGCGCGGAUGCCGCCAGGGACAUGCUCCAGCUCGCCCCGAAGCUCGGCGUCCGUGAGGGUGAGCUGGGCGCGGCGGAGCGGCUCAUCGACGAGAUGGUGCGCCGGGGCGUGGCGCCAAAUGCGGCCACCUACUCCCUGCUGAUGCAGGGGCUCUGCGACGCCGACCUCCACGCCGACGCCGAGAAGCUGAUGUUUGACAUGGAGUACCGUGGCUACCAGGCCGAGGUGGUGAACUACGGCGUGCUGACGAGCUCCCGCGCGAGGCGCGGCGACGUCAACGGCGUCAGGGAGCUCCUCUCCGCCAUGCGCAAGCGGAAGCUCAAGCCCGACGACGCGAGCUACAACGUCCUGAUCAAGUGCCCGUGCGACGUCGGCAGGGUCGACGAGGCGCACAGGGCGCUGCUUGACAUGCAGCUCAAGGGCACCGUGCCGGGCGCCGCCAACGUACCGCGUCCUCGUCGACGGGUGCUGCAGGGCUCGCGACUUCGAGCUGGGUCUACGGGUUUUCAACGCGAUGUUGGCGAGCGGACACUGUCCUCAACCUCGCACCUUGUGAGAGGGCUCGGCGAGGACGGCAAGGUGGAGGAGGCGUGCUUCGUCUUGGAGCAGAUGGCGAGGAGGGAGAUGAGCUUGGAUGCAGAUGGGUGGCAAGCUGUUGUCACCUGCGUUCGCAGCAGCCGCAGCACCCAGCUGCCUAGUUGGGGCAUGGUGGGUGUAUCAACGUUCUAUUUGAGACGCCCUCUGGCUUUGCAAUAUUCGCUUAUGAUGGGAUCAAGCUCCUUAAACCAAAUGCCAUGCAGGAUAUCUGGGCAGACUUCGUCAGCGAAUAUGUGGCAAAAAGACAUAUACCCUGCAUGAGUGGUCCUCAUGUGGAUGAGUUAAUGUGGGGCUUGAAGAUUCAGAUGCGGUGUUUAGUGCCUGGAGAAAUUCAGAGCUGAUUAAAGAGGAUCGCUUUCCGAUGAGUGUAGGAAUGACAUUUCUCCUGAAUCGUCAUAAGUUUGGAGUCCAUCCAGAUAUGUUGGUUAUUAAACUUAUUAUUGAGAAGGCAGGUGUCAUGUUCGAGUGUGAUCGUUGUGUGAACCAACAUAAUGACCCCCUGCGCAGUGCUGCUGAGCACAUUAAGAAAAUAUCUCGCAUUGACACACAGAGUUGGGAUUUAAUGAAAGUUGCGGCAGCGUUCAAGGUGAUAUGCUGCCCUGGAGAAAAAAAUGAACCUGAAGAAUGGCUGUUUACAAGACUACAACUGGAGUGGUUUAGAGAUGAUGCACCUAAAUAUAAAGAUAAGAUCUUGAAGGUGUCUUGGUUGAUAGUCUAUAAUGAAAUAUUCAGGGCCCGUGAACUUAGGCUUAAGACGGCUCGAGUAUUGUUAUGUUUGGUGAAGCGGGCCAAAGAGGCAUAUGAAGCUGAGCAAGCAGGUGAAGCUGCAAGUGAUAAUGAAAUUGGUCCUGAUGGGAAGGAGAUUCAUCCUGGUAUCACACCUGUAAUCAUUGAUGAACUUACAGAGUGCGUGUGUGAUAUCAUUCUUUCAGCAGGACGUAAGGAAAGACAGGUUCAUAUUCCCUGAAGCCGAAGUUGCAUCAGAAUCUGGUGAUGUCUCAAAUAUGGUGAUUGAGAAAUUAGGGGCCCGCAUACAACAAGAUGCCUUUCCAUUCGCAAAUAUUUAUCAGCUUUAACUUUGCCUUAGUGAGUUUUGACUAUUGGUAGUUUCUAAAUUAUUUAUGUAACAUGAAAGCUCCAUUUUUAGAUUUGCAACCCAAAAAAAAUACUAUGCAAACAUUCUACAUUUUAAUUCUCUCAUGUACUGCUUAAAAACUAAUGGUCAGAAAUUUAGAAUGUCAAAGCUUAUGAGUUUAGAAACUAUUUCAUAUUUUAA